GUGUUUUGCUUGUCUAAAUUUUAGUUGAAGUUAUUGUUCUAGUUAUCGUUGUUUUUUUUGCAAAAAACAUUAAAGUUAUGUUAAAUAUUUACAAUCAUAUUCUUCAUAAAUGUCAAGAGCCAUUUCUGAAAACACCGAGAAUACCUUUGGAAAAGUGUUCAGUAUAUAAAAAGUGUGAUUACACAGCGGGUGUAAAUUUGUCAAAAGAUUUCUUAAAUAAACUGGACGGUACGGACGACUUAACUGCAGUUGAAAAUAUGCAUAAAAGUAUAUCUGCACCUCUAGGCGUUGAAAGCAACAAUAUGGCUACCAGCAAUCCCACAAUAAUGGAAAUUGCUUCACCUACGACACAGCGCGAAGGGGACGGUGGAAACACUGUAACAGCUGCCGCGAAUAAUGGCAGUGGUAACGCCACAUCGGAAUCAUCCUCAUCAGCCAUAACACCAGCUGCUCUCGCAGAAAAUACAUUGCAUGUUGAAAUUUCCGAUGCUUUAAGCGAAAAAGAUAAAGUAAAAUUUACUGUGCAUACACGCACAACUCUGCCCGGCUUCGCUAAGCAAGAUAACAAUGUAGUGCGCCAGCAUGAGGAAUUUGUUUGGUUGCACGAUCGUUUUGAGGAAAAUGAGGAAUAUGCUGGCUAUAUUAUACCACCAUGUCCGCCACGCCCAGACUUUGAUGCCUCUCGUGAAAAAUUACAACGUCUUGGUGAGGGUGAAGGCAAUAUGACGAAAGAAGAGUUUAAGAAAAUGAAGUUAGAGCUUGAAGCCGAGUACUUGGCCACCUUUAAGAAAACCGUUGCAAUGCAUGAAGUUUUUCUACGUCGUCUGGCAAAUCAUCCUGUAUUUCGUGUUGAUCAACAUUUAAAGGUAUUCCUUGAAUACGAUCAAGAUCUAUGUGCAAAGCCACGAAAGAAAAUGGCCAUUUUCGGCGGAUUUGUUAAGUCAUUAGGCAAGACUACGGAUGAAAUACUUAUGAGUGCUACGGUACGCGAUGUAAAUGAUUUCUUUGAAAACGAGCUACAAUUUCUCAUUGAAUAUCAUGGACAUUUACGUGAUGCUGCCGUCCGUACGGAGAAAAUGACGCAACGUCACAAAGAAGUCAGCGAAUGUCAUCAGAAAAUCUCAAAUGCAUUAAUGCAAUUGUCGACUGCAGAGAGAGGCAGCAUGGAGACAUUUUGUGCGAAAUCAGCAGAGAUCUUUGAAAAAAUGAAGAAUUUAGAAGCGCGUGUUUCUAGCGAUCAGGACUUGAAACUCGGGGAUACGCUGCGCUACUAUCAGCGUGAUAGCGAUGCUGCAAAAGCGCUUCUAAUACGGCGCUUGCGUUGUUUGGCUGCAUAUGAAGCGGCUAAUCGUAAUUUAGAGAAAGCACGUGCCAAAAACAAGGAUGUGCAUGCUCCUUUGGAUGUUCAAGAGGCGGAGACAGCACAAGCAGAGGCUUGUGAGAAAUUCGAAUCGAUGUCUGCUUGUGGCAAGGAAGAACUGGUCGGUUUUCGAAAUCGUCGUGUAGCGGCCUUCAAAAAAGGGUUGGUUGAACUUGCUGAAUUGGAAAUUAAGCAUGCUCGCACUCAAUACGAAUACUUGCGUCAAUCGCUCUUGGCUCUUAAAGAAAUCGCCUGAACUGCUAAUAUGUACUGUUAUAAUCUUCUCAAUAUCUCUGUUCAUUUGUAUACUAUAUAUACAAACACAUAUUUCAAAUACAAAAUACAAAAAUGUUACAUAAUUAUGGAUAUAUUAUGAUAUACAUACCUACAGAUAUGUAAAGAUAAACUAUCUACAUAUAAUUAUAAAGUAUUUCUAAAAAUGUAUUUAUGAUUUCUAAGCAUAAAAUAUGCAUGUACGUAUUGAUUUUUUUUAUAAUGAAACAGCUUAGGAAAACAAAAUAGGAUAAAUUUAUUUCAAAUUAAGCAAAUAACUUUUCUAUUGUCAUUCCAAGUGCUUAGUCUAUUUAAUUUCAAAUAAAAGUAUUUAAUCUA